AGACUAAUGAACUUAGUGAAAUCUGAAAUUACAUACGUGAAAUAUUCAACGUUGCAUCUGUAAGUGAAGUAGAACGUAUAUAAACGCAAAAAACCCAAGUAUUAGAAAUCUCCAGUUACGCUGAAAUUCCAUAUCACGGAAAAAACCAAUAUAAAGCAGCAAUAUGUCGAGUCAAAACCCAGCUGCGUCGAAAAAUACAACAAACAAGAAUGAGAAAACGGAUAAUGUAGUCGGUUAUGAUUGUAGUAGUGCAUCUGCUGUUGCAGCAAGCAGUGAGAGCAAGGAAAGUUCUCAAACAAAGGAAAUAUUAAAAAAUAUUGACAUAGAUGAUCAGAUUCAUGAAAUAGACUCGGGUUUUUUGUCGGGUCCUUUAAGUUCUAAUCUCGAAGAAGAAGAGAAACAAAGAGAAAAUACUACAAACAACUUAAGCAAGGCAAACAGUGCCGACAAAGCAGCAGCCAACUCUAGGAAGUCACCUCAAAAUUCUUAUCGUCAAGAAGAGGUUGAGAAAGAGCUUUAUGUUUUUGAUUCGGGUUGUAUUGAGGAAGAAGAAUACCAAGAGCCCAAAGAUCAGUCUAUUGGACAACAUAACACGCAAUCGCGGCAGCAAAAAAAUAGCACAGCCGUCGCUACCAAAAACACAACAUUACCAGAUACAGAAAUGAAACUUAAACACGAUUUGGAUGCUUACAUUUCUGAAAGAUUUUGUAAUCUUAGUUUACAUAAUGAACCAAUAAAUAACUUGAAUGCAUCGGGCAGAGUGGCAACGGUUGAACCCAUAGUAGCUACGGAAACAACGAAAACAGCAAAAUCUAAUCAAUUACCAGCAUGGGAACAAUACUAUCAACAAAAUGACGAGGGAGAUACCUAUCUUCACUUGGCAUGUUUAUCGGGUCAAGCAAAUAUAGUUUCCGCUCUAAUCCGUCUCGCUGUACACCCCUGCCUAUUAAACAUAAAAAAUGAUUAUGGCCAAACUCCGUUACAUCUAGCAGUGCUUACAAAUCAAAUAGGAAUUUUACGCAUGCUGUUACUCGCCGGUGCUGAGCCAAAUUUACGUGACUGUCAUGGAAAUACAGCAUUACAUCUUGCAUGCAUAUCUGGCGAUGAGGCAUGUGUUAGCGCUUUAACGUUGCCAUUUAGCGCUGCUGAAAUUAUGGAAACACAUCGAAAGUAUGGUUUCAGACCAAACAAUAAAUUGUCAAACAAUUUAGAGAUUAGAAAUUACGAUGGUGAAUUCUGUGUUCACUUAGCGGCCGAAGCGGGUCAUUUGAAAAUAUUAAGCAUUUUAGUUCACUGCGGCGCUGAUAUCAAUGCAAGAGAAGGAAAGGGCGGCUACACACCGUUGCACAUUUCCAUUGAAAAGGGUAAUGAAGAGAUUUUCAAUUUUCUACUAGAUCAAUGCAAACAGAAAUUAGAUUUGGAAACAACCACGUUUGGUCGUCUAACUGCAUAUCAAUUUGCGUGCAUUUUGAAGCGAUCGAAAAUGCAAAAUAUUUUAGAAAAGCAUGGCGUCGAACCGCUCACACCGCCAGACAGUGAAUAUGAAAGUAGUGAGGAUGAUUCCGAAUAAAUGCAAGCAUAAACCUUGCUUCUUCUCACAAAAAAGUUCUAUGUUUUAGUAGAACCAAUAGGAAAAAUUAUAACUAACAUCAUAUUUUUCAACAGCAUAUGUAAAUAUCCAUAUGUACACACUCAUUAUAGAAAAUAGAACUUUUACUAAUUUGAUAGCGUUAUUUCCUAGUCGAAUCAUUUGUACUUGUAAAUGCUGCUGACAAUCUAGCCAGUAGGACUUAUAACUAUUACAAGUUUUUAAAUACAUACAUACGUACAUAUUUUUGCGUUUGUCGAAGAGUUAAUUAUGUCAUUAAAACCAAUUUAAUCUG